AUGGCAGAAAAAAUAUCACAAGGCAAACAUUAUGUUUUUGUUGCUGAGAUUAAAGAGAAAACCAGAGAAGAGAUUCUGGAAGAGAAAACAUACAGAGAAAGAAACAUUGCGUGGAACAAAAUUAAUGAAAUGCAAGAAGAAUAUGAAAAUGCUGUAAGCAAUAAAAGAUGGGACAAGAAGAGAGAAUGCUACGUAAAUAGAAAUGGUGAACCUGUUGUUCCCAAGAAAGACAUAAUUUUUGAUGAUAUUCUUUUAGAAAUCCCUCGAUCUGUCGAAUACUAUACAAAUGUUGGAAAAGAUAAAACGUAUGUAAAAAGGUUUGAAAAACUCCUUAGAGAGGUUAUGACUGCAAGUCUAAGGAAGAAGGAUGAAGAGAGAAUGAAGAAGAAUGUUGAUGAGAUGGUGAAUGAUUUGAAGAAGAUAGCUGAAGAAGUUAAAGUUGAAAAUGUGAAAAUUUCUGAGGAAGAGAAGGUUGAAGAAGCUGAGAAGAAGCUUGAAAGUUCGGUUGAAGUGAAGGAUGAGAUUUUGGAGGUUACUUGUGAUGUUGGUGUUGAUGCAGGUGAUGAGAAGAAGAGUGAUGUUGAUCAAAAGCAGAGGGAAGCAAACAAUGAGAUGCCAAUCACUGAGGGAAGUUCAGAUACCCCUAUCAUUGUGUUAAACCAAGAAAAAGGGAAACUGUUGACCAGUGAAGAAGAAAAAGAAAAAGAAGCUGGGUACUUUACAGAAGCCAUCAAGAAAAUGGAUCUAAAUGAAGAUAGCUCAGUGAAACUUCAAAACCUUGUCAAAAAGGUAAUACACAAAUCAGCAUCACCAAACACAUCAGCAGUUAUGACAGAUAUUGAGCUUGAACAAAGAAAAAGGCAAGAGCUGCUUGAACAAGAAGCUGCAGAAGACAUAGCUGCAGCAAAUGAAAUCAUACAAAAGGCCUUCAAUCAAAUGUCAGCUGAAAACUCAGAAGUAGCAAAAGGUCAGAGUAUUGAUCAUACUGAAAACUCUAAACUAUCAAAAGCUUAG